CUAAUGUUAUGAUGACUUCAAUUGCCGAUAAAGUCGAAAUCAAACUUCCUGCCGGAAUUCCAGAUUAGAUUAGACCUUCGUUUUCUUUCGGUUUAACAAAAUCCCAAAGAUUUUUCAGAUCAUUCAGUAUUGAAACUAAACUGCCUGUGAUAUGGCACGAGUAAUCCGAUCGAUCGUGCUCUUCUGUUCCCUCGCGCUAAGCGGUGCUGUUAUUCAACCACUCGGCGUAGACGUUAGUUGCGUAGUUCCCGAGUGCUCCACACAGGAAGGCCGCAUAACUCUAUGGCCAUUCAGCGAUCCAAACUUCUUCAUUAUCUGUGAAGCUCCGUUUUGGCACCUGAUAAGACGGCCGUGUCUUUCCGCAAUGCUGUUCCACUUCGAACGACAAGAGUGCGUCGAUCCGGAAGAAUGGGAAAAGCCAUGUGCAACGCAAACACCGCUUCCGAAGUGUCCCGUUGUUGUUUGCGCGAACAUCGAGGACCAGAGACUACUGUGGCCGGUAGAGGACCCAAGCUUCUUCAUACAGUGCGUCCCACGCCCCGACGGAGGUAUGAUGGGGGUUCAGAGAAUGUGCAGCGAAGGCUACCUGUUCAGCUACACGCAACAGAACUGCAUAUAUGCGCAGUAUUGGGAGCAGGAUUGUACCUUCGACGAUAUAACAACGAUUGGAACGGGAACAACUGAAGAUGAUACGCUGACAUCGACGACACCAAUCGACACAACGACGAUAGAUGAUUCGUCGACGAUAGACGACCUAACGACGGAUGACGCCACCACGACGACGGUUGAUUCGACGACAACGGAAGAUGCCACCACGGAUGAUUCGACGACGACAGCAGACGCAACCACGACGACAGACGACCUAACGACGGAAGAUGGCACCACUACGACGGAGGAUUCGACGACGACGGAAGAUGGCACCACUACGACGGAUGAUUCAACGACGACUGCAGAUGUAACCACGACGCCAGAUGCUCCAACAACGGAAACAACCGAUGAACCCGGUAGAGGCAUCUGCCCAACGCCGGAAUGUCAGUUCCAAGACCAAAAUCACUAUCCGCAUAGCGAUUGGACACUGUUUUACGUAUGCGAACCGAAUGCGUCAGGCCAAUGGCUUCCGUUGGUGCGACCUUGUGGUGGCGGAACCUACUUCCAUGCCGGCAUGCAGGUGUGUGUUCACAUCUGGCAGUGGGAAGACUUCUGCCUCUAGUGAACCAAUUCGUACCGUAUUCAG